GAUAUGAGGGCAGUUCAUUGUGUUUCGAAAUUGGUUACAGCUUGGCAAAAAUGAAGAUUUUGGCAAGCUUCCUCGCGGUUGCCUUUGCCACAUUGGUAUCGGCUCAAUUUGAUACCCAUCAGUGGGCCGACCGUAGCGGCAUUGUACAUUUAUUCGAAUGGAGAUGGAACGACAUUGCUGACGAGUGCGAACGGUUCUUGGCCCCAAGAGGAUAUGCCGGCGUUCAAGUUUCGCCGCCAACGGAAAAUAUCAUUGUGUCUGGACGACCAUGGUGGGAACGCUAUCAGCCUGCUUCUUAUCAUUUGAACACUCGUUCCGGAAGUGAAGCGGAAUUUGCAAGCAUGGUGCGCCGUUGUAACAACGUUGGAGUUCGUAUCUACGUUGAUAUUGUAAUCAAUCAUAUGGCUGCCAUUUCUGGACAAGGAACAGGAGGUUCGCAAGUCAAUGGAUUGAAUUUCCCAGCAGUGCCAUACGGAGCGAACGACUUCAACCCACACUGCGAAAUUAACAACUACAAUGACCCAUACCAGGUACGAAACUGCUGGUUGGUUGGUCUUCCAGAUUUGGCUCUUGGAACCCAGUGGGUACGUGACAGAAUUGUUGAUUUGAUGAACAAAUGUAUUGGCUAUGGUAUUGCUGGAUUCCGUGUAGAUGCUGUUAAACAUAUGUGGCCUGGAGAUCUGGAACACAUCUAUAACCGUCUUAAUAACCUGAAUACCGAUCACGGAUUCCCAGGUGGUGCUAGGCCUUUCAUUACACAGGAAGUUAUUGAUUUGGGAGGUGAAGCCAUUUCCAAGUACGAAUAUACUCAUCUCGGAACGGUUACUGAGUUUCGUUACUCUGCCGAAAUUGGUCGUGUUUUCCAUGGUCGCGAUCGUUUAGCUCAUUUAUCGAACUGGGGAGAACAAUGGGGAUUCCUACCUUCCCAUUUGGGUCUGGCAUUUGUUGACAACCAUGACAACCAACGUGGUCACGGAGCUGGUGGCGACAACGUCCUUACUCAUAAAACGCCGAAGAACUACAAAAUGGCUAGCGCCUUCAUGCUGGCUCACCCGUACGGAAUUAUUCGAGUUAUGAGCUCAUUUUUCUUCGAUAACGGAGAUCAAGGACCACCACAAGACGGAAAUGGUAACCUAAUUCCUCCAUCGAUCAACGCUGACAACAGCUGCGGAAACGGAUGGGCUUGUGAACAUCGCUGGCGUCAGAUCUACAACAUGGUUGGCUUCCGAAAUGCUGUCCGAGGAACUGGAAUCAACGACUGGUGGUCCAAUGGAAACCAGCAGAUCGCUUUCUGCCGUGGUGGAAGUGGAUUCGUUGCAUUCAACUUGGAAGGAUACGACAUGAAUGAAAACUUGCAGACAUGUCUCUCGGCCGGUACUUACUGCGAUGUCAUUUCUGGUAGCAAGGAAGGUGGCAGCUGCACUGGUGCUACAGUGCAAGUCGGUGGAGAUGGACGUGCCAAUAUCCAUAUUUCGGCCCAAAGUGAUGAUGGUGUUUUGGCCAUCCAUGUGAAUUCUAGAUUGUAAGCUCCUGUUUUUUUUUUAAAUAAACUUUUUUAAAGUGAUUAAAUAUUAUGUGUUUUUGAGUGA